AUGCGUCUGCUAUUAUACUUAGCAGUCGCCCUCUUUACCCUGCUCGCCAGUGUCCAUGCUGCUACCGAAGAUCCUCUCGGUAAUAUCUUGGCAGGUGCAGGUGCAAUAGAUCCCACCACGGCGGCCUCAGAACCUACCACCGCAUCACCCACACACACAACUACCAAGGCUGUCGAGACAACCACUACCACCACUACUACUACUACUACUACUCAGGCACCUGCCACAACAGCUGCUCCCAUCACAACCAGUUCUGUCCCAGUGGUUGUGAGCUCAAAGCCUGCCAGCAGUGUGGCCUCGACAAGUUCAGCAUUAACCACAUCAUCUUUCAUUAUGCCUUCGACAUCAGUGACAUUUGUCUCGACUUCAAUGAAUGCAACUUCAUCUUUGUCAAGUGCUACACCCUCUAACACUACUGCCCCUAGUGAUAGCGAUAGUGGGUCCAGCAAUAGUAAGCCUAUUAUUAUUGGUUCUAUUUGUGGAUUUGUCGCCAUUAUUGCCGCUGGUUUCGGCUACGCGUUCCUGUCCAAAACGAGAAGAAACAACCGCAAGAAGAGAGUCUUUGGUGCUGAUGAUGAUGAUGGUAUGGACCCAUCCAUCCCUGCUCCUUCACCGUUCCAACGUCAUAAUGAGUCUUUGGCUCCAGCUGGGGCGGCAUGGGAGUCCGACCAAAAGCGGCCCCUUGGUCCUCCUAGCCCGUACAUGGACUAUAACUACCCAAGCCCUGCCCUGGGUCAAAACGGAGUAAGACGUAGCCCUCCUAUUGCUCAUUCUGAUCCUUACAACUAUGCCCAGCAACCACCUGCUGCUGGUGCAUACUACGAUGAUCAUAAUGGUUAUGAUCAACAAGUCUACUACGAGCAGUACCCUCAACAGCCCAUGGAAAUGCAGCAUGUUCCUCAUAACAUGCAGUCUCCUCAAAUGAAUCAGCAGUACCAAUAUUAUGGUCAUACUGAUCCUUACAAUUACAGACAGUAA